AUGAUACGAAAACGCAUCUGGUCGACUGAGACUUACAAACCUGAUGAUGAGCUGAUGGGAAUUGAGCAUCUUGAGCAUUGUAUUGAUGCUCUUCGACAGUCAUUGAUGUGUUCCGCUGAUGUUACUCCUAUUCCUUGGAAGUGGUGGGAAGAGGAUCACGAGGCUAAGGCAGUGGCAGAAAUCGCACACACAUGUCGCAACUUCGAGGACAUCAGAGUUUGGGCAAAGGAGAAUCAAGUCAAAGAUUUUGACAGGACUAUUUAUGUUGAAGAUAGCGCCUAG